GACGUAGAUGACAUCCUGUUUGGCUUUCCAAUGUGAUUUUGGAGAGCGGGAAGAAUUAUGAGGACGGCAGAAAGAAUAUGAACACUACGUUUUAGCAACCUUUACGUACUUGAGAAUAUUUAUUUUGUUAACAAACGUUAGUUACUAAACAUUCGAAACAGCUGUCAUAAGUGAAGAAACAUGGCCUCUCCUGUGGAGUACACCAUCGGCGGAGUGAAAGUCCACUUCCCCUGCAAGGCGUAUCCAUCCCAGCUAGCCAUGAUGAAUUCUAUCAUGCGAGGGUUGAACUACGGACAGCACUGUUUGUUGGAGAGCCCCACAGGCAGCGGUAAAAGUCUGGCCUUGCUCUGCUCUGCUCUGGGCUGGCAGCAGGCUCAGAUGGCUAAAGUGAAAGAAGGAGGAGACAGAAACCAGUCAGAUAAACAUGUGGGCGACUGCAAGAAGUCAGAACCUCCCAGCCCGUGUCCCUGUGUGUGCCACAGAGAAGCAGCUCAGCCUGCUGUGGUGGACCUCACUGAGUCACCCUGCAAAGAUACGGCCCAGCCAUCGCACACAGCAUCAGAAGUUGUGCCACUACCAGGUGAGUCUCAAGCUAAAAGCCCAUCUUUAGCGUCCCGUCUGUCGGAGAAAGUCCAGGCCUCUCUAGACGCCGACUGCAAUAAAGAUGAGGACUUCAGACCAGACAGGAAGCGCAUCCGUACUGCAGAGUACAAGAGCCAUAAAAGGCAGCGCACACAACAAGGCGUCAUAUUCAUUGAUGAUGAACCUGAAUUGGAGCGUGAAACAUCUGGUACUCAGAGCUGGAAAACUGCCUCAACCCAGCAGGCAGCUGGUUUGUCCUCAUCAUGCAAUUCCUCCGACCCCUGCUCCCACUGUCCGUGUGCAUCAGUCAAAGACAACUUGAAGAACAAGGACAAAGACAAAGAUGGCAGCAAAAAGAUUCCAAAGAUUUUUUUUGGCACACGAACCCAUAAGCAGAUCACUCAGAUUGCUCAUGAGCUGAAGCGCACCGUUUAUUCCGGAGUGCACAUGACUAUCCUUUCCAGCAGAGAUCACACCUGUGUCAACCCAGACGUGGUGCCGCAUUUCAACCGCAACGAACGCUGCAAGGAUCUGCUGGAGGCCAAAGAUGGAAGGUCAUGCAGGUUCUACCAUGGUGUGCAGAAGAUGCGGGACCAGCACACCCUACAGUGGGUCCAUGGGCUGCGUGAAGCCUGGGACAUUGAAGACCUGGUGUCUCUGGGGAAAAGGCUCCGAUCCUGCUCUUACUAUGCUGCUCGGGAACUUAUGCAGGAUGCCUCCAUCAUCUUUUGUCCGUAUAACUACUUGCUGGAUCCAAUGAUCAGAGAGAGUAUGGAGAUUGACCUGAAGGGGCAGAUCUUGGUGCUGGAUGAGGCCCAUAAUAUAGAAGACUGUGCAAGGGAAAGCGCCAGUUACACCGUAGAGCUCAGCAGCCUGCAGACGACCAAAGAUGAACUGGAUGGGAUGGUCCACAGUAAUAUUAGACGCUCCAAGCACGAGUCUCUCAGGAACUUCUGCUACGCCCUGAUUAACUGGAUUCAAGAGAGCCAGGUGCUGCUGUCUGAACGAGGGUUUGAGAAUGCCUGCAAAGUCUGGAGUGGAAAGGAUAUACUGACCGUUUUCCACAGCUUGGGUGUCACAUUUGACACCUUCUGUAACAUGAAGCAAGACCUGGCGUCUGUGUUGGAGAAGGAGGAACGUGUCGGUUUGGUUAACGGCAAGGAGGACAUGGUGCAGGUCCCAAUUAUCAGCGCAUCUACAGCAACUGUCCUGAAAAACCUCUUUAUGGUGUUGGAUUUUCUCUACAGGGACAGCUGCCGGUUUGCUGAGGACUACCGCAUUGCAUUGCAGAGGAGCUACGCCUGGACCAAUCAGAUCCCGCCUGACGUUCCUGAUGCCCAGGGCUUUUUGGUCCGGCCUCGCCACCGACACCGUCAAAACACGCGGGUCAAAACGGAAGUACUCACGCUGAGUUUCUGGUGUCUCAACCCUGCUGUGGCUUUCUCUGACCUGAGUGGGUCAGUGCGCAGUAUAGUGCUGACAUCAGGAACACUGUCACCUAUGGGCUCCUUCUCCUCUGAGCUUGGGGUAAAAUUCACCAUCCAGUUAGAAGCCAACCAUGUGAUCAACAAAUCCCAGGUGUGGGUGGGCACUGUUGGUGCAGGACCCCAAGGCCGAAAACUCUGCGCCACCUUUCAGCACGCUGAAACAUUUGCCUUCCAGGAUGAGGUGGGGGAUUUGCUGCUCCAUGUCUGCCGGGUCAUGGUCAAAGGCGUGCUCUGCUUUCUGCCUUCCUACAAGAUGCUGGACAAGCUGAAAGACCGUUGGGUCAACACUGGUCUGUGGGAGAAACUGGAACAAGAGAAAACCAUCAUCACAGAGCCCCGCGGUGGUGGGAAGGGGGACUUUGACGAGCUACUUCAGAUGUACUACGAUGCCAUAAAAACUUGUGAAGGUAGAGAUGGUGCACUACUUAUUGCUGUAUGCAGGGGUAAGGUCAGUGAAGGCCUAGACUUCACAGAUGACAAUGCCAGAGCAGUAGUGACCAUUGGAAUUCCUUUUCCAAACAUCAAAAACCUUCAGGUGGAACUAAAGAUGAAGUACAAUGACCAGCACUGCAAGUCGAGAGGUCUUCUUCCAGGCCAUCGCUGGUAUGAAAUCCAGGCCUACAGAGCUCUAAACCAGGCACUGGGGAGAUGCAUCCGGCACAGAAAUGACUGGGGUGCCCUGAUUCUGGUGGAUGACCGAUAUAAGAACAAUCCUAAUAAAUACAUCGCAGGUUUGUCUAAAUGGGUCCGCCAGCUUGUCCAGCAUCACGACACCUUCAGUAAUGCUAUGCAGUCUCUGGAAGCUUUCUCUGAGGUGCAGCAGAAUGUGGAGGUGGCCCCUGUGAACAGCCUGACGCUCAACGUUUCUGAAUUGCAUAACAGUAGUCCCUUGUCCGGGUCGGCUCAGAGUUUUAAUGGAGAACCAGAACCUCGGCGAACCAAUUCAUGUGACAAACCUUCUUAUUCCCAGCAAAACACAAUCACACAGCUGAAAACUGAACACAAUAACACAGCAGAGCCACUGAAGGCACUGCAAAGUGCUCCAGCUAAGCAACUCUCAGCCCAGCAUUCGUAUCACAUUUUCAACAUCAACCCUACAAACACCAACCUUAAGACGCCCAUCUUUAAAGCAAAACCAGCGAACUGCUCCGUCCGGCCUGGGGCCCUGCAGAUCUCUUCUCCACCAAUGAAUCUGGAAACAUUGUGCACUAACCAAACGGAUGGAAACUGUCUCAGUGAAAACACUGAGGCUCUGGGGGUGUCCACAAUAACCACCCCUCCCGGCUUUAAAAGUGAAUCACCAGUACCUGCAAAGUCUUCUGAUGAUGAGGAGGACAAGAGUGUUUUCUAUACUCCGGAACUUUUUGAGGAUGAAAGAAACCCACCGACAGAGAACCACAUGUCCUCUCCCAGUCUCGAUACUUCCACAGAGAGAUCUCAGGAGUUAACCACUGCUUUUGGUGAACAGAGUGUUGUUUCAGUCAUUAAGCAAAGCACAGAGCUAUCACUGGGCCAGAAAGAGGGUAUGGAGGCACUGCAGCAAAGUGAGAAAACAGGGGAGGAUGAGAGCCAGAGCAGACAGAGAGGAAGUAGACUUCACAGGCUGUCCAGGUCCAGACAGAGAGUUUCCCUCAGUCAGACAGCUGUAAAAGUACGAAGAUCUUAUAGGCAAAAACACAGAAGAUUUAUAAAAGCCUCUAAAGUGUCAAAGAGCAACACAGAGCAGAAAACAUGUUCUUUGGGACUUUACUGUUCUCUCUGUGGAAAAGAACUACUUCCUGAUGCACAUGUCCAGCAUGAUGUGUGUAAUAAAAACCAUCUAGCUGUUCUAAGAGAACUCAGAUGUAAUGUUGGGGAACACACCUGCUGCUGUCAGAGUGUACCUCCACCACCAGUCUCAGACAACUGGAUGCUGGUGGUUCAAAGCCCCUUGUCUCUAAAGGCCUUGAGAAGCACUCUGGAGCCCUACUGUGAUCAGAGUUUAACUUCAUACAAUGCCAUCUGGGACCCCGAGGAGCAUUCUGUUACCAGAUUUUUCCAGUGUAAAAGCUGCUCCUCUCAGAGAGCAAAAACUUCUGCACCUUUAAUGGCCGCUGAGAUCCACUACCCUGGAAAUGAUGCUGGAGAUCAGAUGUGGCUGGCCCCAGCUGCAGUCCACCUCUGCUCUUUGAUUUCUGGAAAAACUGAAAUGGAAGAUUUUUCUUCGGGGCAUUGAACGCACCAUUUCGGUUUCUUUUGUGUUCAUCUCUACUUUGUCGCUUUCAC